UUACAGUACCAAAUCACCAGUGCCAGCGUAAGUAAGCGACGCAAGAUUUCCGAGGCACAAUCAGCAGUCUCUUGUUUUUGAAAGUUAUACCCAAGAUUUAGUAUUCCCAAAAGCAACGAAGAACGGAGGAUCAUUUUCAUGCAAACUUUGCAGACUGGUGACAAUGUUUGGCAUCGAGAUCAUCACAGCCCUAAUUGGCUUGGGCUGCAUUGCCGCGGCCUAUUUCGUUAUCUCAUACAGUCUCCGCGAAAAGACCUACGAAGAGGCUCUGGCAGAGCAGCGCGGCGGUCGUGGCGAGGCCGCAAGGGCGCUGAAAAAGGACAAGCUCACGAAAAAACCGAAGAAGAAGGUCACAAGCGACGGCGGGAGCAGUGACGCCGGAACUCUUGUAAAAGAGCGGAAAUUCCCAACUCUAGCCAAAGAAAAGCACGCAAAAGAAGCAGAAAAACCAAAAGAUGGCAAGGUAGCCGCUGCACACAUUCCCGAAAAAAUUAAGCAUCGUCCGGAUGAGCUGGAAACGAUCGCUGGUGAGGGAAAAGUCGAACCAGCUGGGAAAAUCCCAUCUGCGCCCGCCGCCAAGAAAACGGAGAAAAAGGUAGAAAAUGAUCACCGCAAGCCUGAUGAAACCUAUGCGGAGGCCGUUAAGCUUCAUGCGGAUAAUAUACCUGUGGAGAAAACACAAGAACAAGUUGGAAAAGCGAAGGAGCAGCAAGAGGGUGUUGUAAAGACAAAGGAGCACAAACAGGAGACUGCCAAGAAGGAACGCGAGACUGCGACGGCGACGCAGGUUAAAAGUGCUCCUGUGGAGCAUGAAGCUCCCAAGAAAACCAAGACCGAGGUACGAAGUGAGAAACCUGUGAAGCAGGACACACGCGGAGCGCACAAGGAAGACGCCAAGAAGGCUGUUGCACCUGCUGUCAAUGGACUUACUUCCGGCUCUGUGUAUCAGGAGGUUUUGGGAUUGUUGAAUUCCAUCCCAUUAUCGGACGCAGAGACUCAGAAACUGUUCCAGAUUUUGAUUGACAAACAAAGUGAACGUCAUACGGAAUGGGUUCAGCUGGGAAAAAGCGAACAAGUCGAUCCUUCUACGAUUGCAAAGCGAAUAAUUGCGGACAGAGAGCGAGAGCUCGUGGAAGAGAAAGAAUUGAACAAAGCUUUGGCUGAUCAGUUACGAGAUAUAAAGAACUUGUUGAAUGCUGAAAAGUCGCGUCUGCGCGAAGUAAACGAUGUCGCUCGUGUAACGGCAGAACGCGUGCCGGCUCUGGAAACGGAAGUGAAAAAUCUGACUGGGCGAUUGAAGCAAGGACAGGACAAGCACGCCGUGGAGAUUACGCAGAUGGCUCAGAAACUACAGGAAGCCGAAUCCCGUGCGGCUAUGAAAAUCAUGCAUUUAGUAGAGCGCCUACACGAACACAGCCAACAUUCAGUGGUCCAUGUCCAAAACGAUAACGGGGAAUUGCGAGGUGAACUGGAAACCCUGCGCGCUGAACGCGACCGUCUGCUGCAGGAGGUGAACCAUAAUCGCAGUCAAACCCAACAUCUUGAACAGCAGAUCAAAGAUCUGCAACACAAGAAAGGGCAAAUUCAGUCGCACGACUACGAUGAUGCAAUGCGUGAGGAACUUGAACGUCUGCGCCCCAGUGCCGCGGAAACCGAAACUGAAGUGCGUAGUUACAACGAGCUGGAAGAGAAGUGUACCAAGAUGGUGCCCAGCCUGCAGGUUCUAUCUAACAGAACUGUUAUAAUCAGCUCAAAAAAUACGCGCGAAUACGCGGCAUGGGCCUUAAAAGUGGACCCUCCGUGUCAGGAACAACGUGGCGGAUUCUUUUCAAGAAUUUCACGCUUUUUUUUUCUUUCACUAUUAACCGCCUGUUUGUUAUUGAUUGUUGCGAUUUAUUUUGUAUGUUUCGUACAUGGUGUGAUACCGUAUAUUUUUCUAGGGAUCGUUGUCUCAUAUAUGUUAUGCAUCGGAUUUUUAGCUUUUCGAGUUAACAAGUUCCGUACGAUUGAUUGAAACAAACUUCGAACGAUUGGUUGAAUCUUUCUCAAGGUGCUUCUCCGUUCUCAGUACUGGGGCUACGUUGUACGGAGACGUGAUAUGUAGGGAGUAAUUGGUGUGGAUUCGUGGGUUAUCGUUAUGAUCCGGAAGAUCGGCUUACGUUGGCCAUUGCGGUGCGUUGGCCAUGUCCAAUGCGGCUGCCGAUCCGCAGUCGCUAAUUGAAUCCGAACUGAAGAAAUGUGUCGUGCAUCAGGUGGCCAACAUCCGUAAAGCCUUUCUGGCCAAGGAGAAGAAUGGUGUUGUGAUGCUGCGAACGGAAGGUGUCAAUUUCGAUUACAUGAUGCAGUUUGAUGAAAUUGUGGACCUGAAUCGACUCAUGUCCAAUGAUAUCCAAGCGGUGGCGGAGCGCUUCGGGACAGAAGCGGCAGCCAAGACCAUAAUCCGGGAGUGCAAUAGCGUAUUCGGCGCAUACGGGAUCGAUGUCAAUUAUCGGCAUUUGUCUUUGGUGGCUGAUUAUAUGAGUCGGGAUGGCGUGGUUAAAGCGUUUAAUCGAUUGGCCAUUGCCAGUAAUGCGUCACCGUUCCAGAAAAUGAGUUUUGAAACAUCCAUGAAUUUUUACCGGGAUGCUGUUGUCAACGGAGCCCGGGAUACCCUUCAAAGUCCAUCUGCUCAGCUGAUUAUCGGAGAACGCGUUCGCGUCGGUGCCGGUUUAUUUUCGCUGCGAGCCCCCGUACGGUUUGAUAAGUAACAGUGGUGGAAAUCGUAAAGGCUUGUGGUGGAUUUCGGCUUUACAGUACCUGGCCAAAUGUGUUGUGCAUUGUGUUAUUCUGUGAUGAAAAGUUUCUCUUUACGAAGGCUGAAUCGUGUAAAUUUGUACUGGUUGAAGAUGCGUCUGUUGAAAAUAAGCGCAAAGAAAAUUGAAGUUUUGUUGAGCAUUCUUGCAUUAUUUUAUGCCAGUAAAAAUUUUAUUUCUUUACUGAUUGCGGCACGGCUCUUUUAUGUCUCGUUAGGAAUCCGAAAGUAUAAUGAGUCGCGCGUGCAUAACAGGAAGCAUCUGCGCGGCGAUUAUCAAAGCGCAGUUAAAUUAUGCUCUGAUGCGAAUAAUAACGGUGAAAUGAAUAAAUUG